AUGGCGGGAGGCAAAACAAAGAAAGAGAAGGCGAGGCCAGCAGGGCACACGCCUUACCAAGGAGGCAUAUCGUUCCACAAGUCCAAAGGACAGCACAUACUCAAGAAUCCGUUACUGGUGGACUCCAUAGUCCAGAAGUCAGGUAUCAAAUCCACCGAUGUCAUCCUAGAGAUUGGUCCUGGUACUGGUAAUCUCACCAAGAAGCUUCUAGAAGUUGGUAAGAGGGUCAUUGCUGUUGAGAUUGACGCUCGAAUGGUUCUCGAGCUGCAGAGACGAUUUCAGGGCACUCCUCACUCCAACCGCUUGCAGGUUAUUCAAGGAGAUGUGCUAAAGACUGAGCUUCCCUAUUUUGAUAUAUGCGUAGCAAAUAUCCCUUAUCAAAUCUCAUCUCCCCUCACAUUCAAGUUAUUGAAGCACCAACCUGCUUUCAGAUGUGCCAUUAUAAUGUUCCAAAGGGAAUUUGCAAUGAGACUGGUUGCGCAGCCUGGUGACAAGCUCUACUGUCGUCUUACCGUCAACACGCAACUCUUGUCUCGGGUCUCCCACCUCCUCAAAGUUGGAAGGAACAACUUUCGCCCUCCGCCUAAGGUAGAUUCCUCUGUCGUUCGAAUUGAACCCAGGAAACCGCCUUUUGAAGUGAACCAAAAGGAGUGGGAUGGCUUUUUGCGGAUCUGUUUCAAUAGGAAGAACAAAACGCUUGGCUCAAUUUUUAGGCAGAAAAGUGUCAUCAAUUUACUAGAGAAGAAUUACAAGACCUUGCAGGCACUUAAUCUUGCACCAGCCCAACAAGGUGCCUUGGAGGAUACUAAUGAUGUGAUGGAUUUUUCAGAUGAGGACAUAGAGAUGGAUGAUGAUGGAGUGGAUGAUGGAAUGGAAGUGGAGGAUGGUAAUGCAGAAGGGGAGGUAUCCGAAUUCAAAAAAAAGGUUUUGAGCGUGUUGAAGAAGGCUGGUUUCGAAGGGGAGAGGUCCUCCAAGCUCAAAUUACAGCAAUUCUUGGACCUGCUUUCCGAGUUCAACAAGGAUGGUAUACACUUCUCCUAA